UGCAAAGAGGCUGGAGACAGACAGCAGGCAGAGAGAGAGGCAGGGCUGCACUCACACGCAGACACAGAGGCUGGGACAGCAGGACUAAGGCAGGCACAGACACUGGGGCAUUUACAUUUCCUCUCUAUGCCAGACAACAGUACUUCAGCAUCCCCAGUGGAUCUCCUGAUGCAUUAGAACCCAUGCUGGUUCACUGGGGAGGGCACGGACUGCCAGGAGGGUGCAUGUUAUAAAGACGAGUUCUCCAGCCCUGCUGAGCCACUGGGGCAACUUUCUAAUAUGAGAAGAGACGGGAGGGAGAGAGGACACGAGCUCGGAUACCCCCUGCUUUGCCUUGCUGAGUAGAGACUAGCUGUGCACCAUGGUUCAGCAAAGAAGACAGAAAUACCCAACCAUGAUGGAAAGAGAUUUUAUCCAGGACGCCUGUGCAGGGCUGAGCAGUGAGGAGGGGGAUGAUGUUUUCGGAAACGUUCCUCCCAAUAAGGACCCCAACUGGUGCAAAACCCCCAGCGGCCACAUCAAAAGACCCAUGAACACCUUCAUGGUGUGGUCGCAGAUUGAGAGGCGGAAGAUCAUGGAGCAGUGGCCAGACAUGCACAACGCAGAGAUCUCCAAACGACUGGGCAAGAGAUGGAAGCAGCUCCCAGACUACGAGAAGAUCCCCUUUAUCAAGGAGGCGGAGAGGCUGAGGCUGAAGCACAUGGCCGACUACCCUGACUACAAAUACAGACCCAGGAAAAAGAGCAAGUCUUCCAGACCCUCCAAGACCAGCGAGAAGAUGCCCUUGAAGAGCAAGCCAUACCCAAGCCGAGCGAACGCAGGCAAGGUGCUGAAAAUCAAAACCACUGCUGCCAAACACAAACCCAGCAACCCCCUUAGCAAUAACAAGUACAAGAGCUUCAACAUGGAUACAAGCGAGGAUGACACUUUGGAUGUCAAGCUGCAGAGCCCCGCUGGGCUCAAUGACAAUCAGGACACUCUGACCCCAACGCUCCACUCCUAUCACCAGCAGAUCAGCCAGCCAGCGCCAGACAUGGCAGCACCUGCGCAGCCUAAGCUUCCUGUGUCUCCACCCGUCAGCCUUGUCCCCUCGUCAUCAGAAGUCAGAGCAGUGAAGUACGCGGGUCAGAUCUCUCCUGACCCCGAGCUGACUGAGCACAGGCAGUCAGUGUCCGGCAGGUCCUCCACGCCGGACUCCACCAGCUCAGCCUCCUCUCGCGUCGCGUCGCCUGCUUCUUCGGAUGGGGAGCUAGAGGAGGAGAUCCUGCAUAUCAUUUCUAACGCAGGCAUCAGCAGCGUGCCCCCGGAGUGCUCUUCCUUGGACAAGGAUUUCGACGUAUUACACGCAAACUCAGGAUCCCACUUUGACUUUCCAGACUACUGCACUCCGGAGGUGAACGAGAUGAUCUCUGGGGACCUGUUAGGACCCAGUAUUUCUGACUUGGUGUUCACUUACUGAACCUUACCUGCCUACGUAGCGACAGUAAUAUUCACCGGUCACGGCAGCGCCAUCGACAGCUGUUGCGCUCUGGUGCGGUGCGUUAUUUCCUCAAUGAGUCCCGUAAGUGCUAUUGAUUAUAUGACACAAAUUGCCAGCUUUAAUUAUGACACUGAAAAAAAGAAGUCAUUGAAGAUAUGUAAAGAUAAGGAAAAAGUAUUUCCAAGUUCAAGCAUUGUGUGAACCAUACACAAUGAAAUGAUAGCAAGUGAAACAGGGGAAUUGAAUCCAUAGUUACAGUGAACUCAAUUCGAAGCCUACUUUCUUUUUAACAUACACAUGGGUUGCUAUGUUGGUGUAAAUACAUGUAUAGUAUAUGCUCUGUGCUCUUAAGGAGAACAGUUGCUAAUAUCCUCACAAACAUUCAGUGGAUAUUUAGGGUGCUUCUCAAGGAUGAACAGCAGUGAACCAGCAUUAAUAAAAGGGCAUGGGAUUUCAGGGUUACUCUCUUCAGACAGAAUGCUAAAUUCAAAUACAAUUGAGGGAGGAGGGGAGCCCUCCUAUUCUCAAGUUUGCAAAGCUGAUAAGAAAAAUAAAUGUAGGGUAACACUUAAGCAAGGAUAAUACAUCUAUAAACAUGUUUAAAAACAACCAGGGACUAAUAAUGAAAUCCUGUGUUACACACACCUAACAUGAUAACAAACGUUGGAUUCGCUUUGUAGCCUGACAAAACCUUUGCAGUGUGGGGUGACUACAUUCAAUUGGUUCUAAACUGCCGUCUGCGUGCUAAUAUAAUCGUCAUAAACCUUUAACAAGCUGUUUAUAGAUGCGUAUCGCUCUAUCCUUAAACCAAAGUGUGUCCCGGCAACCACAGCUGUCAGCUUGGACUGUCAGAAUGCUCUGCAAGUCCAGUUAAGUUGAGCGAGAGAGGGAGACCGCCUUUGUGCACAGCCUGUCCUCCACGCUCCCUGUCUGUCUCCUCAGAGACGCUGGUAAAAUGCAUGUCAUGUCUGCAGUCUAGCUUCAGUUGCCUCAUCAUGCUCAUCGGUGAAUGAAGAGAAAUCUGCAGGCUGCCAGCUGUCUCCAUUGACUCCGUCUCGCUCGCUCAGGGAUCAGUCUCCUGGGUCCUAGUGCCCUAUCUAGAACAUUCCGUCUGGUGGAUAGGCAAUGGUGAAGGGAGGAGGGCAGCUGCUUUCUUCUCUGCACACAAGGAAACAGCUGCCCUGUUUUUUCGAGUAUACAAAUCUGAGCACUUAUCUUUUUUAUUAAGAUUAAGGACUAAACAGUUACAAAACUGAAGCUCUACUAAGCAUGGGCAUCAACGAAUAGUGGUGUGUGUGGAUCUUAGGUAGAAGACACCAGACUAGCCAAUACUGCAAACAAUUACAAUUAUUAUUAUUAUUAUUAUUAUUAUUAUUAUUAUUAUUAUUAUUAUUAUUAUUAUUUAUAUCAGAAUUUCUUAUUUUUAUUUAUUGCAGCAGCCAAAAUGAAGAUAAAAAAUAAAUACAUAAGAAAACAAAACAGAAAUUACAAAACUAAUACAAAAAGCAAUUACUUUUUAAGGUGUAAUUGAUUCUCACCUACAACCAAACACACCUUUUUUAGGAAGGUAAUACUGUGAAACCUUGCUGUUGGAAGCUGGUUCAGCCAGUCUGUGUCUUUACUGUGUUGCCUGGACUGGACAAUAACAAUGCAACAGCACUCUUAUUACUGAAUGUGAAAUGGUGGCCGCUUGCAGCAUGGUGAUUGUGUAUUUACAGUGCAAGGAAUACAUAACCACAUUUUUUGGACGCUUACUGUCCAAAAAAAUAAAUGUACACAUAAUUAGACAAUAUUGGACAGAAUACAUCAUGCAUAAGGGUGCAUCCCAAAUAUGUGUGGAUGCCCUGGAAAGAGCCUGCCAGGGCUGUUUGAUAGUAAUGCCCGUUCGCACUGUGCCAGUCCUGCAGAACACAGGAAUGCCCUGCAAUGUCUGAAGCCCCAUGAGUUCAAAGCAAUAUGGCUUUCCUCUGAAUAUCUAACAUGCAACUCUCUUAACAAGUCAUGCUGGGGGAUAUCUCUUGUGUAACUUUCUGCAAUCUAAAAGGAUCUUUAUUCACAGAAUACAAAAGAGCAGCAUAUAGGAAGACACUGGAGCUCCUCCACCGUUUCAUCAGCACUCCCACUGACCUUUCAGAGAAACUCUCUGGAUUUCAGCAGGAAAGCAGUAAUCGUAUUCAAAGCCAUUCAUGAGGUGGUUCCUGCUUCAAAAAGUAAUGAUGCUUUUAAACCAGGAGACCGUUGACACUUAUACAAUUCACAGAAUAGCCUCGCUUCAGCUUGAGAGCAGCGACCAGAGGAAUUCCCAGACUUACUGUAUGUUACAAGCUACAACAAAUACAGAAGAAUUAUUAUUAUUAUUACUGUACUUUCCGAACAUGCAUCAAAACGAACAGGAAUAUUUAAAUAAGUAGCCUCUUUGUGUAGCUGUGUUGUUGUAUCAAUCAGGGCAUAUCUUUGUUAAAUUUGUAGACGGCUGGAGUCACCGCUCGGAACAGCAAGUGACAGAUACUGGUCAAAUAUUUCAAUGCAAAACGUCACUAAAACAAUACUGUGCUGCAAUAAAGUGUUCGAAGCCCAUGCAAUGGGAAGCUGUAUUACACAGUUUGCAGCUCCCGGACUCAGGAGAACAUCAAUAAAGUCACCGUUUGUUUGUUUUGUGUAGAAUAUGUAGCUUGUUAAACGAUGUGCUGUUUAUGGCUGUGUGUCCGAGGUGCAGAAUAUGAAACUAUUAACGUAGCCUCUGCUAGUGUUUCUCUCCAAAAGAGUUUUAAAAGAAACCUUGAGAAAAGAAAACAUGAAGCUAGUUUACUGUCGUUGAUGUGAUAAACUUACUUUCUAAUCACCCUAUAUAUAUAUA